CGGAAAACAUAGUAAUUAUAUAUUACUGUUUACUUAGAAGUGUAAGUCUACCAUUACUUACUAGUGUUUGUUGUUCACAUGUGACUAGAUAUGAGGCCAAAUUAGUUGAGGGAAUUGUCAAUGAUGUUUUGAACAAAUUUAGUGAUAUGUCUAAAGGUGAUGAUUCUUAUGAUCUCAACUUGAUUGGAAUUAAACUGCGUGUGGAAGAAGUGGAACAGUUGUUAAAUGAGAAGCAGAUUGUAGGAAUUUGGGGGAUGGGAGGCAUUGGUAAAACAACUAUUGCACAAGAAGUAUUUCAUCGAAACAAGAAUAAAUUUGAUGGUCAUUGUUUCGUUGAAAAUGUUAGGGAAACAAUGACAAAGCAAUCAUCAAAUUCAGUGCGAGUCAAAAUCAUUCCACAAUUAUUAAGGGACAAACAUGUAGACAGUUUGAAUGAUUCUACUAGGAGAAGGCUUAAGAGUAAGAAGGUGUUGAUUGUUUUUGAUGAUGUAGAGGAUCGAAACCAUUUAAAAGAUUUAGCAGGAGAGUGUGAUUUGUAUGGUGAGGGAAGUAGAAUCAUCAUAACUAGUAGAGAUUCACAUGUACUUAAUUCUGAUUUUUCAGAGAAAGGCGUAUAUGAGGUUGAGAAGUUAAUUGAUUCUCAAAGUAUGGAACUCUUUAGCUUGCAUGCCUUCAACCAAAAUCUUCCUAAGGAAAAAUAUUUGGAGCUAUCAAAGAAGGUGACAAUCUAUGCUAGAGGCAAUCCACUUGCUCUUAAAGUUUUGGGAUCUCAUUUAUUUCGCAGGACGAUAAAAGAAUGGGAAAGUGAAUUGGAAAAAUUGGAAGGCAAAUCUCUUAAGAAAAUUCAAGAUGUUUUGAAAACAAGUUAUGAUGGGCUAGAAAAGAGUGAACAGGAAAUAUUUCUUGAUAUUGCAUGUUUCUUCAAAGGGGAAGAUAAAGAUGAGGUUGAGAGAAAAUUAAAAGCAUGUGGUUUCUAUCCAGAAAGUGGAAUACCUCGUCUAAUUGAGAAAUCUCUUAUAACUAUUUCAAACGGUGCGGUAGAUAUGCAUGACUUGUUAGAGCAAAUGGGCAAGGAUAUUGUUAAUGAGGAAUGCAAACAGCUUGGAAGGCGCAGCAGGUUGUGGAAUUAUGAAGAUAUUAAUCAUGUAUUGAUAACAGAAACGGGAACCGAAAAUGUUGAGGCCAUAUCAUUUCGUCCAAGUGGGAGAGGUAUUUUGAAGCUAAGUGCCACGGCCUUUGCGAAGAUGUGCAAUCUUAGAUUCAUCGAAGUAUAUGCAAAGUCGAACAGAGUGCUCCUUCCUAAGAACUUUGAAUUUUGUGCACAAGCACUAAGAUGUCUUUACUGGGAUUAUUAUCCUCUGGAAUCUUUGCCGUUAAAUUUUUGGCCAAAGAAUCUUGUAGAACUUCGUAUGCGUGAGAGCAAACUCAUACAACUGUGGAAUGGAGGAGAUAAGCCUCUUGGAAAUUUGAAAAUAAUGGACCUCAACUACUCUGAUGACCUGAUCAGGAUUCCGAACCUGUCUAGUAUUGCCCCAAAUCUUGAGUUUUUAUAUUUGGAAGAAUGUUCGAGUUUGGUUGAAAUUCCCUCUCUUCAAAAUCUGACCAAGCUUACUGAACUUGAUCUAACUUACUGCGAUGAAGUCAAAGAUUGUCCAGAGAUUCCGUGUAAUAUAAGGAUUCUAAAAUUAGACGGAACUGGAAUAGAACAACUGCCCUCAUCAAUUAAGCAUCUGUCUCAACUUGUCAUAUUGUCCUUGGGUGAGUGUACAGCACUCGAGAGUCUUCCAAGCAGCAUUGGCAAUUUGAAACGUCUUGAAGAACUUCAUCUAUCUGAAUGUCCAAGUCUCGUGACUAUUCCAAGCAGCAUAGGCGAGUUGAAAUGUCUUGAAUAUUUAUUUCUCGAGAAUUGCUCAAAUUUAGAAAGUCUUCCUGAAAGCAUCAAACAACUUUCGAAGUUGAAAGAGCUUAAUUUAGAAGAUUGCAAGAGACUUAAAAGUUUACCAGGGCUUCCAUCAUGCUUAAAAUUAUUAAAUGCAACUGAUUGUCGCUCUCUGGAAUCUGCAUCAAUUUCUUUCAAUUUCUUAGAACAUGAAGAUGAAAAUGAAGAAGCAGAUAGAAGUGAACAUGAAAAUGAAGAAGCACAUAAAAGUGAAUCUAAAGAUUGCAAAUUUCUUGAUUUUAGUAAUUGCGUCAAAUUGAAUAAGAAAGUAAUGGAGGAUGUUUUUGAAGCGCACCUGUUGGGUCAGAAAGUUACAUUAUUGAUGGCAGGAGGUGAAGUGCCAGAAAGGAUGAGGUAUAAGAAUAAAGGAACCUCGCUUUCCUUCAAACUUGACCUUCGUCACGUAAUUGCCUUCUCUUUCUGCGUUGUUCUUCGUCCCAGAGGUGGUUUUUAUUUUCCUAGAUUUGAAGUGGAUUUCAUAUGUGAAUCUGGAAAUAGGCGGGAACGUAAUGCGUUCAACUUAUUUAGCAAUAAGGACGUUGCGAAUUGGAAUGGUUAUUAUGCAGCUCCGUAUCUUUCGGACUCAUCACACGUGUUGCUUUCAUUCAAUGGAUUGAGGACACGUUUUGAUGAAGAGUGUUUGGUUAAGGCCUCAUUUUGCUGCAUGCCUUACUGGCAAGAGGAGAAAAUUAUGGAGUCUGGGCUCUAUCAUCUACCGCUCUAUUGCCAUUUGAGAGAGGGAAGACUAUACAGGAGAAUAAUUAAGCUCAAAUCAGGGGAAAAACAACAGGUGAAAUGA